CAUAUGGGGAAUCAAUUGACUUCAACAGCCCCUACACAACUAUUUUCUAUUGAUAAUUAUUUAAAUGACUUCCCAGAUAUUGAAUUUGAGGAUUUAUUAGGUAGUUCAAGAUUUUUUAAAGUAGCUAAAGCUAAACACAAUGAAGGAUUAAUAACAAUAAAAAUAUUUGUUGUCCAAAAUUCUUUGAUAUCAUUAAAGAAAUACAAAGAUGAAAUAGAUAAAUUAAAAACUAAGUUAGAAAAUGUUCCUUGGUGCUUACCAUUUCAUCAAACUGUAAUAGUUGAAAACAAAGCAGGAUAUUUAAUUCGUCAAUAUACUAAAUAUAAUCUAUAUGAUCGCUUAAAUACUCGGCCAUUUUUAUCCAUAUUUGAAAAAAAAUGGAUUACAUUUCAAAUAUUAUCUGCAUUAGAAUAUUUACAUACUCUAGGAAUUUGUCAUGGUGAUUUAAAAUGUGAAAAUGUGCUUUUGACAAGCUGGAAUUGGGUUUUGAUAACCGAUUUUGCUCAUUUUAAGCCCCUAUGUCUGCCAGAUGAUAACCCUUCCGAUUUUUCCUAUUUCUUUGAUGCGUCACGCCGUCGUACUUGCUACUUAGCCCCAGAACGAUUCUUGUCCCCUUCAAAGCUGGGUAAUAACAAUAACAGUGUUUCUUACCUUGCCUCAAUUUCCACUAUUCAAUCGCCGGAUCUUGAUUAUGCUAAUCAUCUUGACUGUGUCAUCAAUAAUGGUACCAAAUAUUAUCGCCAAAGCUCAAGUGAUGGACGAGUAAUUUCAUCGAAGACUUCACACCAAGGUCGGUUUAAUAAAAUUCACAAGGAAAUAACGCCUUCCAUGGACGUAUUUUCUGCUGGAUGCCUCCUUAUAGAAUUCUUCUGUGAUGGUACCCCACCUUUUCACCUUAGCCAAUUGCUUUCGUAUAGGACAGGGGAUUUCUAUCCUUCGCGGGUUCUAAGCAAGAUCCCGGACGCUUCAUUACGCGAGACCCUGACCAAAAUGAUAAAUAUCGACGCCUCGUUAAGGCCUUCCGCCGAAGAUUGUCGGAGACAAUUGACAGAAUCAGCAUAUUUCCCGAAAUCUUUCUCAUUUUUUGCCGAUUAUUUUAACGCUUUCAAUCAUUACAUAGGGGACGUCAACGUUGCGCGAUUAAAAAAGGAUUUUUUGACCAAUGAUGGAAAGUUGUUAAAAGACUAUAACAGUUUGACACCGAAUGCCGCUCUGACAGAAUGUGAAAUAAUUCUAUUGACUCAGUAUCUGCUUUCCACUUUGGAUCCUCCUUUCCUGAACAAUAAAGAUUUUUGCGAUAUCGAUCUCCCCGAAAAGCAUUCCUCGUUCUGUUUGGGGGGCCUCAAGUUUCAACAAUCUUAUCUCGAUGCUCUGGAUAUAAUGACACAUUUACUCUGCGAUACCCCGCUUCUCUCGGACACAAACGUUGACGUUAAUAACCAAAAUGAUUCAGAUAAUAAGAGUAAAACUGAUGAUUCCGCAACUAUCAUUUUGUUAGAAGAAAGCAAAUCUAACGAAAAUAUGGAUCGAACAUACCUCAUAUACGAUAGAGUGAUACCUAACUUGCUCCAUUUGAUAACCGCUACGGGUUCUAGCGAUAAGGUCAGAAUCAGGGCUCUCGAGGCUAUGGCUAAGAUCCUCGAAUUGUUGAGCACUUUAAAUGACCGACCCGAAAGCCACGUAAAUGGGGAUUUGGAGAAUGCCAACAUUUUUUUGGACUACAUUUUACCAAAACUGAGCUUCGCUAUGAGCUCCAAUUCAAACUUGGGCCACGAUACAAUAAUUUCCCUCAAAAUGGCAAUGGUGAAACACAUAUCCACUUUUUCUCAAGUGGCAUCCUCCCUCUGGGAUAACUUUUACCUCAACGAUAAUAGUGAGUUUUCCAAUAGGGACGCCCACCGCGGAUUUCGCAAGAGUACAGAGUCUAAUAAUGUGUCAUCUAAAAUUAGCUGGGAAAUUUAUAACAAACUCAAUUCACUUCUCGUAGAUCGUUUCAGAGAUCUCCUAGUGCACAGGCUUUUAGAAGAUCAGCCACCCAUUCUUCCCCUUCCUUUUUCAUCCCUCCCUAGCCCAGCUGCUCUGGUUAAACGUUCUCUGUUGAUUUAUUCCAUCCCUGGUCUUUCUACAUUUUUUGGACAUAAAGGUUCUAGAGAGGUUCUCUUAUCCCAUUCUGUCACGUUUCUCAAUGACAAAGCUGGGCCGUCAUUGAGGGCUCAAUUUUUCUCCUCCCUUCCCUCUCUCUUUCUGGGUUCGGCUAGUUUUCACAGCAAGGGGGGAGAAAUAGCUCCGGCACUCGUUAGGCAAGGUACCAGAGACCCGGAGGAGAGCGUCCUUAUCAAAGCUAUCGAAGCGGCCAACACGCUUAUAAGAAUCCGUAUCUUAGAACCUAAACUAGCAUUUCACUUAAUUCCCGACCUCUUACCCUUCUUGUUACACCCGAACCUACGCGUCAGAAGGGGCGUGUGCGGUUGUAUCGAGAGCUUGGUGAAAACCUGCGAACUCGUUGAUGUUUACGUCAAAUUGAUCCCUCUACUUAACCCUUAUCUUAAACGAUGUUCUUUGAAGCUCGAAUCAGAGGAGUUAAUUUUCAAGAAUUUAAAAGAACCAAUCACGAGAAGCUUAUUCAAUUUCGUUCUUCAGAGCCGCGACAAGGCAACCCUAUUUGCUUCCAUUGAAAGGGACGUGCAAUUAUUUUAUAAAAUCGAAAACGAAGUGAAUGAUUCUUUAUUGGCUCGAAUGGCCUGCAUCUUGUUAUCCCACUUAGAUGCUACUUGUUACGACGCUUAUUACAGGUGGAGAAUGGACUAUUUUGGGGACAAGGAGUUAAGUGACGAGAAUUGUAGAUGGCGUAAAAUAAAGGCCAUAGAUGCCGACCAGACCAUUUCGAAACUAAUGGCAAUGGGUUAUCGGCCCGAGGAUGGGCCGAAGCUAUUGCUCUUAGAGUCUAGCAUCGUCAAAAUAAGUGAUUACUAUUGCCCAUCCCUGAUUACCCCCAAAACGCACGCGUUACGCAAAAAUGAAAACGUAGAAGCCUCCUCUAAUCUGGUUCAUUUAUCGCAUAACAAAAGCGUCCACAAAUUGAACAUCGAUAAAAAACCUGGAACUAACGUCAAAAAGGAAGAAAGUGUAUCACCCAACUGUAUCCGGUCGAUAAACCAAACUUCCGACAAGGCACCUAUUUUCAACGCAAAUAUAUACGUUCCUCUUUUAAAAAACGCAGCUUCCAAGAUAAAUAACGAGAUAAAGCUCACGACCAUCAAUCCAAAUUACGAAACAUCGUUUAUCAAAGAACCCGCCGACCCAUCGGCUGUUUGCGAUAUUUGUAACGCCUCCUAUAAACUCGCGAAUUUCGAUUAUUCUUGCAAUACUAAACCCACUUUUUACCUGAAGUCUCCCGCCACGCCCGGUCCACCUACAAAUGGCGAUUGGAAAAGUGACGUUAAAAACGUAACUAAUUACGCCGAUAAUAACUGUUGUUGGCACGCGUGCUAUUCGAGGGGACCAGUACUAAGAUGCCACACUCUCAAUUCUUCCGAUCAUUGCGACAAUUAUGAUGAAAGGCUAUUUGUGUCCAGCGCUCAAGUAACCAAAAAUUAUGAAAAUGACCUGGAGGAAACUCGCGACCAAAACUUAUAUAUUUCUAAUCAACCCGAAUCACUUCCGUUAGUUGAAAAAUCGUCUUCGAGCGCGAAGUACAAUCAGGAAUGGCAACAGAUGUUUGGUUCCGACGAGUUGAUCAGGGACGCAAUGGACGACGUUACCGAUCAUGAUGUUACCAAACGUUUGCUCUUUCCUGAAAACCUUCUAGAAAUUAAUAAACUUUCAAUAAAUAAAAACAGCCCAGAAAAACUUUCUUCAUUCGAUACGAACUCCAAUUAUCUAAAUACAUCUCAUAGUAACCACGAUGAUGAUAAUGCUAAAGAACAGAAUACUAUUUACUUUAAUGACGACUAUAAAACGGCAUUUACUGCCAACUUAAAUAUGAACUGGGAAAUUACUAACCAAGAGUUUUACAACGAUUUAGAUAUACAUCCCUCGUUUGAAUAUAAUAAACAUGUCGAUAAAACUUUGAUAGCCAUCCCUUCCCAAUGCAGGAUUCGACUUAAAAAAUUAUUAGCAAGUCGGAACGCUUCCUGCGAUGAUAUAUUAUUUGGUAAUAAGGGAAUUCAAUCCGAUCCCAACUUUUAUAACAAUCUAAGAAAAAAUCAACAUCCUACGACGAUACCGCACAACGACUCCAACUCCAGACUUAUCCUUACCACUCUGAUAGAGGAAGCCGGCAGGGAUUUAAACGAGCCCUCUUCUUUAGCCAACAAAAAUACCUUUCGACAACAACAGAUAAAACUAAAACGAGCUAGUCAAAAUGUCUUUCCUUCCGAUUAUACGCUGGGGCCCGUAGGUUGGAGACCUCAAGGUAUUUUAGUGGCCGAUAUAUCGGAGCACGAAGGCAGUCCUGUCAAUCGACUCAGGACAUCCCCAAACAAAUCCGUAUUUGCAUCCUGUUCCGAUAGAGGGGACAUAAGAGUUUGGGACUUAGCCAACAUUAAUACCGAUAUCGUACCCUUAAAAUCAAAAUUUUGUAAAAUUUUUCCCAACCUUCAAUGUAAAAGUUUGAUUUGGAUGGAUGAGUCAAUCUUAGUAGCGGGAUACAAUAAGAGAACCAUCAAAAGUUUUCAUUUAGAUCAUCACAGACCGGGCAUAGGUAUCAAAGUUUUGGAAUGGUUUGAACACGUUCCUAAUUCCGAAGGAGACGUAAUAGUCGACAUGGCACCGAUUAGCCACAAAGUUCUUAUAGCCCUUACUCACACCAAUAAAUUGCUAGGCCUGGACCUUAGGGCACCUCCCUUUCCUAUUAUGUACCAUGACACGUCUAAUUUGUUGCAUCCUUCAAAAAUUCCGCUCUUCUCUGGCUGCGGCACUUGUAUGGCGGUAGAUUCCCAAUCUUUUUUCCUAGUCAACGGAACUUCCGAAGGGUAUCACAUAUGUUGGGAUACCAGGUUUCGGAUACCAGUUGCUGUUAUACAACACCCUAACGCUUCCCAUAUACGUCGCGUUUACAUUCACCCUUCGAAGCCUUCCAAAUUUUAUUCUUGCUCUAAUCACGACAACGAAAUAGCCCAAUGGGAUGUGUAUAGCGGAAUCAGGGAAAAGAUAUUGUGGGCCAGUCCAAACCCGCCUCUUUCUACUGUUUCUAAUUGGCCUCAUUUUACAUCAGACCUUAUCUUAGGACCAAGAGCGCCGAAUCAUAGGAUUGGCAAAGCAUCAGGGGAAUACAUUAUAUCUGCAGGCUCUGAUUCAGUUAUAAGAUACUGGGACCUCAGCUCACCUACCACAUCAUACCCUGUAAUACACGAUCGAUCAUUGUAUUCUCAUAAUCAAUCGCAAUAUAAUCUACCAAUCAAAUACGAGACACGUCUGAUCGAAGGGGUAGCCAUGAUUGUUGAAACUUCCACCAAUCCAAAAGCUCUACGUAGCCAUGCCAACCACCGUGAUAUUAUCAAUUGCUUGACAUAUAUAGGUGAUAAUAGCAGCAAUAACUUAUCGGGAACGUGGAAUAGCAAUUUACUGAUCUCCGGAUCUUACGACGGGUUUAUCAAAAUAUGGAAAUGAGAAGGAUAACAAUUAAAAUCGAUAAUUAAAUAUUUCCCGCGUUAAUCGACUAAUGAGUUAGUUGAUUUUGAUGGAAUACCUAACAUUCCUUUAUAUUAAAAAUAAAAAUUCGCAAUAUUAAAAUAAUAAUGAUGUACAAAAUUAGUGUAAAUGUUAAGUAAAAAAAAUUUUUCGCUUUAUUAUAAGUAACAAAAAAUUGGACAAAUUACAUCUUGAUAGAAAAAAUAUGCGGGUUUUUUUAGUUUCAAGAGUAACAGAUUUCUUUCAAAUUAUUAUUUUUUUAAAUUUUGUAUUUUUUUUACUUUCUAAGAAGCCCGAAUAUCGUUAUUUUAAAAAAAAAAUUAAUAGGGUGCUUAUUGAUUUCAGAUUUCAU